AUGCAAGUGAAAGGUUAUUUCCUAUUAUUUUUAGCAAAUCCACUAAGACAUCAAAUUAACAAUAGCAAAGGUACCGAAUUUAGAGAAUCUACUGCGACAUAUAUCGGCGAGAAUCACAUUACUAGAAAUAACACGCUUAAUUGCUUAACAAAAGCAUAUUCAACGUCUAAAAACGUCUUUUCCACUAGUGAAGAAGGGGAACGUGAAUUGAAUAUUUCUGGAGAUACACCUCUGUCCGAUUUGUAUACCAAUCCUGGAAUCAAUUUUUACGAAUUUGAUGCCAUUGACAGCAGUGACUCAUGCUCGUACAAUCCCAAUUUUAUUCCUGAUUCGGACGUUUCAUCCCCAAACAUUCAGGCAUAUACACAUGAUAUAUCUCAAACAAAAUCUCAUCUGCCAGACGUAUCUCCAUCAUCUAAAUCUGUCGGGCCUAUUACCAAACGUCCAGCACCCAUUGAUUCAAAUAUAAUAUCUACUGCUAAAGGAGAUAAGCCCUUACCUACCGAAGAAAAAAAGGACACCAGUGAAAAUAAGAAGAAAAUAUUGACUGGACCAGGCAAGGGUCUAUUUGCCAAACAGAUCAAAUGCAUUGUCCAGGACAAAUUGCCGCAUCUGUAUAGUGCACGAACAAACUUUGUCAAACCGCAAAAUCAGCAAAUUUCUCACACAGAAAUUGCAGUGGAAAGUAGAACCCCCAAAAAGCUGCUCAAAUCUGCUAAAUCUCGCGUCUUUCCAGCUACUGAACUAAAAAAUUCACCAAGGGAUACUAGUGACAUCAAAUUGUCACAGGAGGCACCUAGUACUAGUACGAUAAAAAAAGGUACAACAUAUCCAAAAACAACCUCUCAGUCUAUAAUCUCGGAAUUUAAUAAUACUAGUGUCAUACACUCAGAUUUUGGAGGUGAAAUAGUUAAUGAUUUUUAUGACACAACACAAACUGUAAGUAAAAAAGAACAUAUAUCAACCUCUUCAACCUGGGACAUUUCCCCAUCUCAACUUCGUGUCAAAGGGGCCUACUUCAUUCAACGCUAUGUCCAGGAGUUGAGGGAACCCUUUAAAAGACACGAAAAGGAUACUGGUUCAUGCGAUACUCAGGUUGCGGCUAUAACUGCCAGAAUAGAUUACCUAAUCGAACACGUAAAAAGGUCCCCCAAGGACAUAUCUGCCAAGCUCAAACUACUCAAAUUGGCCCAUAGAAGGAGGAAGCACUUGGCUUAUCUUUUCAAAACAAAUAAGCAAUCAUUCCAGCGGUUAAUAGAUACUUUCAAGCUAUAUUUUGACACUAAACCUUAUACUUACGAGAAGGUUCUACCAGAUUACGUGUAUAGAAGGAGGAAUAGUACAAAGAGAGAGUAUACUAAGGAGGGUAGGAGCAAACCCUUCAUUUCAAGUCCUGCCAGAUUUGACAAUAUCACUCUUGAUAUGUUAAUUCGUUAG